UCUUACCUCUGUCUUUCAAGUGCUGUUAUACAAGGCUUGUAUCAUCAUGCCCACCACUUUAUCUUGAUGGCGGUAAGAUUAGGAAAAGCCAAGACCUAGUAGUUUCCAGGCCUGUGAAGAGCAGAGCCAGAGGGUAGAGAGGGAGCCAUUGUCCUCUGGCUGCCAUGGAUGCAGGGCUUCUGGUCUGGGUGGCCUCCGGCAAGUUUUCAGAUGGCUCAUCCUUGGGGGAAAGUGAAUGUUGAUGCUGAAGAGGUGGUACCCUGGGAUGGCCUGCCUCCAGCUGAGUCUUAUUUCUCCACCCCUUACCUUGGCCCAUGCUAAAGGUAGCCAACCAGAAUCCUGGGCUUGCUGCAGGUUCCUGCAGCCUUCCCUUGCCUGGGACAGUUGUGGUGACGGUGGUGGGAACACAGGAAUUUGGGAACAGGAAUCUGAUUGUGACUCUCUGAGCCUAACUGACCAUGGAUAAUCCCCAUGCUGAAGGGUCAUUAGAAGGCUUGCCAGGCCCCUGAGCAUCCUGGAGCUACCCUCUUGCCUGGCCAGACCCAACCUCCUCAACUGUCUGCUCCUGUAACCAGGCUCUGGGUGGCUGUCUUAGGAUUAGCAGCCCUGAUGGGAAAGGGGCUUCUGGCCCCCAUAUCAAUGUUUAACCGGAUGUGCAGGUCAAUAUUUACCAGCAGAGAAGGCAGGCUGAACGGGGGUUGGCUAAGAGCAAAGGUCCUGUGGGAGGAGAGAGCUAGGCCAGGCUGGCUGCACCAGGCAGAGUGUGGAGAGCAAGUGGGUCCCGGAGAACAUCGUGUGCUGGAGCAAGAAGCCUGAAGAGGUAGGAUCAAAGGGUGGUGCAGCCUUCUCCGGCAGCAGAGGAGAUGCGGAGGGGCCCCUGGGCAAGGGGUCUGGCUGAAUUGAUUCAGGGAGCCUGCAGCUUCACAGUGUCUUGGGGUGUUGAGGAGCAGAAGUGCAGGCAGUUCCAGAAGUCCCUUUAGAACCUCAAAACCUAAAGGCCUGUUCUUUUCAGGCAGAAUCAUAUCCAUGUUGGAGAUGAGGGCCUGGCUGAAGGCUCUUGGACGUAAUGGUGGGGGCUGGGGAGUAACAGAGGGACCCUCCAGAAGAGCUGGCUAGGAGAUAAGGCCCAGGUAGGGGUUGAGGAUAGGAAAAUCUUUAUUGGAGGCCUUAGACUAAGACUUGCACAGACCCCUCCACCAGUCUGGCUUCCCCAAAGCACCCUGGAGCAGAAUUGGGGGACAGAGUUGGGAUAAGGCUUGUGGUUCCCGUAAGUCCAAAGGUAUCUGGGCCAGUCAUUCAUUGGGCUCCGCUACUAGGUCAACAAAGCUGCUUUCUGGCUGCCCUGCCACCCCAGCUGAGCCCUUGGGGCCUUUGGGUAGGACUGGGGCAGUCUGAGAAAGACUGGAUGAAGUGAACAACAGGUUAGAUGGGUUCUCUGGGGUGGGAAGCCUUCUCAGAUACAGAUCACUGAGAGCCAGCCAUCAUACUCAAGGUUUACAGAGAUUCUUAUUCUGGUCCUCAAUCUCUACAUGGGAGGGAGGACUUCUGCCAUGACUUUACAAGACAAGCUAAAACCCAAAAGAAUUAAGGGAAGUACCAAAGGUCCUGUGGGAAGAAGCAGAGGCCAGAUUUAAACCCAGGUCUGAUCCACAAUGUGAGGCCUAGAGAAUGAAGACUAAAUGAGAAACUACAAGAGUGGAAAGAAAUCAUGGGAAUCCCACUUCUCAGGAUGAGGACCACAGCUAAUAUGCUUGGGUGUGGGUCCAAGUUCUGUAUCUUGAUGGGGUCAGGGAGCCCAUGGGUAGCAGUCUGCUGCCUGAUGUUUGAGUGGGAAGUGGGAACUAACCCUCCCUGUCCCGGAUACAGGAACAUGGCACUGCUCUGGGGGCUCCUGGUACUUGGCUUGUCCUGUCUGCAAAGCCCCUGCUCCAUGUUUUCCCCUGUGAGUGCCAUGGAUCUCCCGAGCCAGCAGCCAAUGAGUGAGCAGGCCCAGCAGAAGCUGCCCCCACUCGCCCUCCUCAAGUUGGGUAAACAGGAUCUCAGUGGCCACACUAUCCUGGAGAGGUCCCCAGGAAACUGCAAGAGUACCCCAACUGCAGAGGAGACUCGCAGGCUGGCUCAGGCCAUGAUGGCUUUCACUGCUGACCUGUUCUCCUUGGUGGCCCAAACAUCUACCAGCUCCAACCUUAUCCUGUCACCCCUGAGUGUGGCCCUGGCACUCUCUCACCUGGCACUAGGUGCUCGGAACCAGACACUACGGAGCUUGCAACAAGUGUUACACAUGAACACAGGGUCCUGCCUUCCCCAUCUACUGAGCCAUCUCUGCCAGAACCUAGGCCCUGAGACAAUCCAACUGGCUGCCAGAAUAUACCUGCAAAAGGGAUUUCCCAUCAAAGAGGAUUUCCUGGAGCAAUCGGAACGGCUCUUUGGUGCAAAGCCUGUGGAACUGACUGGAAAGCAGGAGGAAGACCUGACGAACAUCAACCAAUGGGUGAAGGAGGCCACGGAGGGGAAGAUUGAGGAUUUCCUCUCUGAGCUGCCAGAUAACACCGUGUUGCUUCUCCUCAAUGCCAUCCACUUUCAUGGUUUCUGGAGGACCAAGUUUGACCCGAGUCUCACCCAGAAAGACUCCUUCCACCUGAGCGAGCACUUCACGGUGCCAGUGGACAUGAUGCAAGCACAGUCGUACCCUCUGCGCUGGUUCCUGCUGGAGCAACCUGAGAUACAGGUGGCUCACUUCCCCUUUAAGAACAACAUGAGCUUUGUGGUCAUGAUGCCCACUCAUUUUAAUUGGAACGUGUCUCAGGUACUAGCCAACCUGAGCUUGGACACUCUGUACCAUUCCUCACUGCGGGAGAAGCCCACCAAAGUGUGGCUGCCUAAACUCCAUUUGAAACAGCAGCUGGACCUGGUGGCCACCCUCAGCCAUUUGGGCCUGCAGGAAUUGUUCCGGAGCCCAGACCUUCGAGGCAUCUCUGACAAGAGUCUGGUGGUGUCUAGCGUGCAGCAUCAGUCUACCAUGGAACUCAGUGAGGCUGGUGUGGAGGCAGCCGCAGCCACCAGCACAGCCAUGAAUCGAAUGUCCAUCUCCUCCUUCUUGGUGAACCGACCCUUCAUCUUCUUCAUCAUGGAAGAAACCUUCGGCAUACCCCUCUUUGUGGGCAGUGUGAGGAACCCCAAUCCCAGUGCACAGCCCCAGUUCCAGGAACAGCAAGAUUCCCCUGACAACAGGGUCUUUCAGAAUGAAAAGGUUGACUUCCAUGGAGACAAGACCUUUGGUCCUGAUUUAAAACUCUCACCCCCCUCGGAGGAGGAUUACCCCCAGUUUAGCACCCCCAAGUGAGGAGGGGCCGGGGCAUCAGCAUCCCAAGUCCCCACCUGGAUCAGCCUCUCAACUCCUGUGACUUUCCAACCAGCUUUGUGGGAUAGGGUGGGGCCUGGGGAGGCAGUCUGCAGGGAAAGGGGGCUUUCUCUUGCAGUAGCCCCUGGGGAUAGGAGGCAGGGUGGGGCUUGGAGGAAGGCAGGCAAAAGGAAUCUUCAUUUCUUCCAAAGGAGCUCAGGGGUGACCUUUGGUGGGCUGGGUGCUCAUGGAUAUAGUGUUGGCUAGAGGUGGAUUAGGCCAGUCCCUAGCUUAGUUGGGGUCCCUUCAUAUUUGUAAGCACAAACUGGAGAAGAAGCCACCUUUAGACAUGUCCCCAAACACCCUGAGCUCAGACCUUGGCCUUGCUUGGUGUUGUACUCCAUGGGUGGAGGUUGACCUACCCUGACUCUGAUGUACCUUGCUGAAAGACAUACAGGUCCCCACGGAUGUCCCACCACCCGAGUCACCCCUCUGGUCUUUGGAGAUGCCAACACUGCCAGGAGCCCCCUUCCUUCCUGUCCCUUGUCCUCUUCUGCAGGGAAGCUCAGGGGCUGAGGCAGGGAAGGGCCCCUUUAGCUCCCAAGACUCUUUUGUAAAGUUUUUGUAGUGACUUUUAUGCCACCUGAAUAAAGAAUGAAUGGGCGGGGCUGGUUUGACGUCACAGUUCUGGGCAAGUGGAUGUGGCUGGGAGGCAACCAGAGGGCAGAUUGCACUGAGCCUUCUCUAUGCCACGUUUGGUUU